CCUGCUACUGCUGCUGUGAUGCUGCUGCGCCGCUUCCUCAGAGGACAGCGAGGAUAAGCAGUAUGUCGGCUUUGCGACACUCCCAAACCAGGUCCACAGAAAGUCAGUAAAGAAAGGCUUUGACUUCACCCUCAUGGUAGCAGGUGAAUCUGGUUUGGGCAAGUCUACUCUAGUUAACAGUCUUUUUCUCACAGACCUCUACAAGGACAGGAAACUACUAAAUGCAGAAGAGCGUAUAAACCAGACAGUGGAGAUAACCAAACACACUGUAGAUAUUGAAGAGAAGGGUGUCAAGCUCAAACUCACCAUUGUGGACACACCAGGGUUUGGAGACGCUGUAAACAACAAUGAGUGUUGGAAGCCCAUUACUGACUACAUUGACCAGCAGUUUGAGCAAUACUUUAGGGAUGAAAGUGGACUCAACAGGAAGAAUAUCCUGGAUAACCGAGUGCACUGCUGUCUUUAUUUUAUCCCACCGUUUGGACAUGGUUUAAGGCCAGUGGAUGUGGAGUUUAUGAAAGCUCUGCAUGAAAAAGUGAACAUUAUUCCUCUUAUCGCCAAAGCAGACUGUCUCACUCCAAAUGAGAUAAAGAAGCUUAAGGACCGGGUACGAGAUGAGAUUGAACGCUUCGGGAUUAAAGUGUACCAGUUUCCUGAGUGUGACUCGGAUGAAGAUGAGGAGUUUAAACAGUUGGACAAAGAGUUGAAGGAGUGCACUCCCUUCGCUGUUAUUGGCAGUAAUACUGUAGUAGAGGCAAGAGGCCAAAGAGUACGAGGACGCCUCUACCCGUGGGGUAUCGUCGAAGUGGAGAACCAGUCUCACUGUGACUUUGUAAAGCUGAGGAACAUGCUGAUCCGUUCUCACAUGCACGACCUGAAAGAUGUGACCUGUGAUGUACACUACGAAAACUACAGAGCCCAGUGCAUACAGGAGAUGACCAGUAAACUUGCUCAGGACAAUCGUGUGGACAGUCCAAUUCCCAUCUUGCCGCUUCCCACACCAGACGCAGAGACAGAACGGCUCAUCAAGAUGAAGGACGAGGAGCUGAAGAGAAUGCAAGAGAUGCUGGAAAAGAUGCAGCAACAGAUGCACGACAAAGACCAGUGAAGUUCACAAACACGAACACAUAUGCAAACACACACGUAUGCAGAAAUGCACAUAUAUGACACCACACAUACUGGAUACUCUGACAUGUGACUGGAACAUGUAAUAUAUGUAUUAUAAACACUGCAUACCCAUCGGACGGUGACACACUCCUGAACUGUAUAUUUGCAAAACGAGUUGCUUGGUGUUUUGAAGUUGUUGCCUGCCAAGAACAAAUGUGAAGCCUCUAUUUACUGUUUCUUAUGUGUUCAUGCUGAUCUGAGUUCAGCUAACAAUGGUAAUAUAAUGUAAUAUUAAUUUAAAUGAAAUGGAUUUUUAGAUGUGUUUAAUUUAUAUUUACUUAAUUUUAUUGCUUAGCUACGAUGUACGAAAUGUUUUAUAUUGUCAUUUAGCCAAAGCAUUGGCUUAAAUCUGGGCUUAGACUGGUGCGUGUGUGCAUGUGCGUGUGUGUGUGUGUGUGUGUGUGUGUGUGUGUGUGUGUGUGCGUGUGUGUGUGUGUGUGUCUUUUUUAUUCCCAUAAGCUGUUAAUGGCAGUCUUGGCUUUUUAAUAGUGCUAGCUCUUAGUGAUCCUUAAAUUACCAUACAGGUUAUUGUCAUUAAUAAAUAUGCUUUAAAAGCUUAA